GAUAAUGUAUAGAGAACUUUGGACGGGAGAAUCUGGGAUCUAGGAGCAAGCCAUGCCAGUCAUUUCAUGACUCCACUCCAUUCGCCUUCUCUUCCAGCUCUUUUUCCAGUGUCCUCUGUGUUUCUAAGAGCAACAGAAAAUGGCUGCAUCCCUGGGGUUAGUGUUAUUUGAGGACGUGGCUGUGAACUUCACCUGGGAGGAGUGGCAGGACCUGGAUGAUGCGCAGAGGACCCUGUACAGGGACGUGACGCUGGAGACCUACAGUAGCCUGGUGUCAUUGGGGCAUUGCAUUACCAAACCUGAGGUGAUCGUCAAGUUGGAGCAAGAUACAGAGCCGUGGACUGUAGAACCACCCCCAGACCAGAGUCUCCCAGAUGUCCAGAGUGUGGAUGACCUGAUGGAGACCAGCCAGGAAAAUCAGGGCAGACAUUUGUGGCAAGUUGUAAUCAACAAUGCAACAUCAACUAAGGAGAGAACUGACCUAGGAAAAACAUUUAAUCUGAGCUCAAUCUGUAUUUCAAAACUGAUUGUAAAUAAUGGAAACUGUUCAGGAGUGAAGCCUGAGGAGUUUAAUGUGUGUGAGAACACAUUUCUCCCUAGUGAGCCCGAGGAGACGCCUGCUGGAGAGAAGCCUGAGGACCAUGCUAUAACUGGGAAGUCCCUCAGUUGUGCUGAGUAUCCUAGUCAUCAUCAGAAGAAUCUCACUUUGCAGCAAGGUUUUGCAUUUAGUGGACAAAUGAAAGGCUUCAACAAGGUGGCAGAAUUCCUUACAGAUCGGAGGGCUCAUGUGGGAGAGACUGCCUGUAAAUAUAAUGAACAUUGGCAAGCUUGUGAUAAGUCAGCUCUCAUUGCCCAAGAGAGACCUCACAUAGGGGAGAAUCACUAUAGAUGUAAUGAAUGGGGGAAAACUGUUUAUGAGAAACCAGCACCAUUGAAUCUCCAUAGAGCUGAUUUUGAGGAGCAACACCUUAAACGUAAUCAAAGUGGGAAUGAUUUCAGCAAGAAAUUACACUUCACUCAGCUUCAGAGAAUUCAGUUAGGAGAGAAAACUUUUGAAUGUAAUGUAUGUGGCAAAACUUUCUAUAAAAAGUCUAAUCUCACUAAACAUCAGAAAAUACAUACAGGAGAGAAACCCUAUAAAUGUAGUGAAUGUGAGAAAACCUUUGUUAGUAAAACAGUCCUUACAAUACAUCAGAGAACUCAUACAGGGGAGAAACCCUAUGCAUGUGACAAAUGUGACAGAUCUUUCUGCCAUAAGUCACACCUAACUGUUCAUCAGAGAAUCCACACAGGGGAAAAACCCUAUGAAUGUUGUGAAUGUGGGAAAUCCUUCUUUGUGAAAACAAAACUCACUGUACAUUUGAGAACACACACAGGGGAGAAACCUUAUGAAUGUAAUGAAUGUGGAAAAACUUUCUAUGAGAAGUCAGCCCUCACAGUACAUCAGAGAACUCACACAGGAGAGAGACCGCAUGAAUGUCAAGAAUGUGGGAAAACUUUCUGUGGGAGGUCAGCUCUCGCUGUACAUCAGAGAACUCACACAGGAGAGAAACCCUAUGAGUGUAAAGAAUGUUGGAAAAGUUUCUGUCGGAGGUCAGCCCUCACAGUGCAUCAGAGAACUCACACUGGAGAGAAACCCUAUGCAUGUAAUGAAUGUGGAAAAACCUUUUGUCAGAAGUCACACCUUAGCAAACAUCUGAGAACUCACACGGGAGAAAUCAUGUGUGGUGGACGCUGGCGAUGUCUUCUCCAAAACCCACUUUCUUUUUCUCUUGGCACACAGUUAGGCUGCAUUUCUCAGCUUCCUUCUGUGGGUGGGACCACGUAACUGAGCUCUGGUCAGUGGAAUAUAGACACAAGUGAUGAACAUUAACUCAGGCCUCGUCCACAAAAAAAA